GACGAGGUAGCCUUCUUGGACGUCUCACCGCUGGGGACAUUGUCAAAGCCGACAUGGCGCUGAAAUCUGUCGUGCGGUUGUGAGGUUAGUGUCGCCAUUCCCGUCGCAAAUGAAACAGGGGUUUUGGGUGGAAAGGGAUAGAAGACGGGUGGUAAGAAGACGGAGAAAAUGGGUGAGAUAUAAAGAAAAGCAUCUAGUUGAUCAAGAGUGCAUGAGACAUAAUAAUAGAGCCCAAGAGGAGAUGGUGAGGGAAAUAUGCAAAUGCCAAGGGUGAGGCAUGUGAGAGGAAGAUGCCGGAGAUUUGCGACUGCGGCAAGUUGGACCAGGUCCGUCGAGUUCCACCACAGAAAAAGGUGCGAGCUAUUCCAUCUCGUUACUGGCGGGGUAAGAAAGAAAAUAGCCAUAACGAGAAGCUCCCGGAGCGGUGGGGCCAAUGAGGUGCUGACUUUGGUCGCUUCGGCUGGAUCUUGUUGGAGAAUUGGAUGGAGGAGAGAGUUGGAGAAGAGGCAUCCAAUCACCAAGCAACAGGGUAUCGAAACCGGGCACCCGCAGAUUCUCUGUGCUGCCAACCUCGCCCAGCGGGCUUGUGCUGUUCGCUUGAGAUGCUGCACUCGAAGCCCCUCAGAGACACGACAGAAUGGGAUUUGGAUCCCCAGGGUGCAAAUAAGGAGUGCCGCUAGCGUGAGGAUCGAAGGCUCCUCGGCCCACAUGGACUUGACACUAUCGCAACUCUACCGCUCUACCCGACGACAUGCGCUCUCAAGAGAGAAUCAUGUGUGGUGGAACAGCAACAGAGGCAAACUCGAGAGAAAUGCAUUGUCCAUCCCUGGUCGGCAAAUUUGUGCCGAGAGCACGCGUCAGGAAGGCCUGGAGAAGCACGAGAGUGUCUCUUGUGAAUUGAACGCAGAAAUCCCGCCGAGCACAAUGUCUUGGAGCGCCCUUGAGUCCGCCAGUACACCACUUGACAUUUGCCGCAUUGCCGUUUUGGGACACGCAGCAUCGAGAAUGGGAACACAGGAGAUAUACACAGAACCGGAAGGGAUGUAUCCGGGAUUGAUCGACAAGAGAGGAGGGGAUGGACAGAGAGAGAAGAGAAAAAAAAGAAGGAAAAGGAAACAAGGCCCUUACCUGUUGUGAGGGGGGGAUGGAG